ACUUGUAACGCUCUAUUCAUGAAAAACAUAACUUCCGCCGUAUCGUUGUGUGAUCGCGAGAAUAGUGCCGAAACUAGUAAAAUAGUAAUCCAUUCUUGAAUGUAAAUUAAAUUGCAAUUAAAUACAUGAAAUAAGGAUCGUUAUUAAGAAGAAUCGUGUAAAUGACAAGAGGAAACAUGAGUCCUGUUAACCGAAGUCCUUCGAUUGGACCAAGAAUUCCGCCACCUGGUGUAAGACCAUUACCCCAUCCAAGAUUCGGUGCUAUAUUUCCACCAGGUAUGCCUCCAAGAAUGCCACUACCUCCAAUGAGUGGAAUUCUUGGACCAAUGAGACCAAGAUUACCUCCUCCUUGUGUGGCUCAACCUGGUGGACCACCACGACCACUUUUACCACCGGGUAGAGUUCCUUUACCUCCUCCCAUGCCUGGACCACGUGGUCCUCCGAUCAUGUGUCCAUGGCCUCGAAGAGUCUUACCACCACAAAUGGUGCCACACAUGAGACCAAGGUUUUCUCCUAGAAAUGGAACCAAAAAAGCGACAGUAUAUACUGUCAAAAAAGUCGUCAAAUAUGAGGACUUAGAAUUAAAAAAGCCAUGGAUGACUGAUGAAAUUCGAAGCGAAAUUCAAAAGAAAAAUAAACUUUACGCUAAAGCAAAGAAGAAUAAGGAUGCUAAAGAAUGGGGAGAAUUUAAGGAUAUACGGAAUAAAGUCACGAGAAUGAUAAGGGACGCUAAGAAUGAUUAUCUUGCUAAACAUCCUGAACAGGGUGGUCAGAAAACGAUUGACCAGAGUACGAAUGAAACCGAGCGUGUUCAAAUAAACAAUGAGCCUGAGCAAUCAGAGCAAAAGGAUCAAACGGAGGAGACGCAGCCUUCCAGCGAACAGGCUCACAUUGAAAGAAACAUGGAAACCAAGGAAUCAAACAAAGAAUCAUCGUGUGACAAAAUAGAUGAAAAUAAUGAAGUAAAUAAAGUAGAUAAAGUAUACUAUUGCGAAGUAUGCGAUAGAGAAUUUAAAACGGAAGAUAAAUUAACAGAACAUGUGUCUAUGCAUAAAAUAUGUGGUAUAGAUGGUUGUACAUUUUCUGCUAAUGUUUUACUCGUUGAUAAACAUAUCAAAAUGCAACAUCGUACUGGAUUAUAUGAAAGAAUGAAAAAUGUCUCGACUCCUGAAGAUAUUACAAAAUGGAUCGAAGACAGAAAAAGGAAAUAUCCUACAAAAGCAAAAGCUGAGAAAAAACAAAAAGCUGAUGAUAUGAAAAAUAUCGAACAUGGUGAAACGAGCAAUCGAGUGAAUAAACCUAUUAUUCAUUCGAGAAAAAAUAAACAACAACAACAACAACAAACAAAUACUAAUAAUGUUGUAAAAAAACCAAAACGAACAUUUCGGAUACAAAAAAAACAAAAUACUACAACAACAGAUGUAGAAACGUACAGAGGUCUUAUUCAAUUUCCUGGAACGGCUUGCUUAAAAGAUAUUAAAUGUAACGAAAGUGAAAACACUAAUGACGAACAAUUGAAAACAACAAAAUGUAUUAAUGAAAGUGAACAAUUAGAAAAUACAUUUAAUAUUUCGGACGAAGAAGAUACAACGAUGGAAAAUAAUUCAAUCGCUAAUUUGACUAAUCCAAUGAAAAAUAUUUUUAUGAACAGUUUAGUAGCGGAUUAUGGAAGCGAAGAAGAAGAAGAAGAAGAAGGAAAAGAAAAUGAUGAAUGUCCAGAGGAAGUGCCAAUAAAAAAAUUUGCAAAUCAUUCAAAUGAAACAAAUAUCAUGGAAACAACAGUAUCAUCAAAUAAUACCAAAUCUAAUGAUACUUCAAAUAAAUCUGAUAAAAAGAAGAAGAAAAAGGAAAAGGAAAUAGAAAAAGAAAAAGAAAAAGAAAAUAAACCGUUGAGUAUACAAAACAAAGUAAUCGAUAAGCAAAAGAAGUAUAAAAACAGUAGUAGUAUAAAUUUAUUACGAAAGUUGCUCGCUAAGCCUAUCAAAAACGAACGAAAUUUGAUUUACCAAUGUAUAAAGUAUAUUGAGAGCAAUAAUUUUUUGAAUGUUUAAAAAAUAAUAGUAUAAUAGUUAAUUCAUGUAUAAAAAUGUA